AUGAGACACUCACUCGUUCUAGUUGCCCUCGCCACAGUUAUUGCCGCAGAAUUCGCUGUCGCCGUGACGGAUCUUUGCGACCAGUUCCCCGAUCUCGCUGGAUGCAUUAAGCGUAGGUUUUACAUUCUCAGGAGUACAUGAGAAUAAGUGGGACUUUUUCUUCAUCCAAUAAUCUUCACAAUCCCACCAAUGUCCAUAGAGACCGCAGACGCAACGUCAGCAUAUUCCUCAAGUAUGAUACAAUAAUUACAGCUGAGCAAGUAAAACGAAAAUCGGCUUAUAUGAGAUUCGGCAAGCGUUCCCUUUCCCUUGGGGAGCCCGUCGAAGAGGAUGACGCCGAACCGUUCGCUGCGUACGAGAAACGAAAAUCGGCCUAUAUGAGAUUUGGGAAACGGUCGGGCGGUAUGUUGGAAGUGCCUGAAGAUGACGGAGUUGAAAUGGAAAAGAGAAAGUCAGCAUACAUGAGAUUCGGGAAGAGGAAGUCGGCCUACAUGAGGUUCGGCAAACGAUCAGGCCAAGACUUCCUCGACAAUUCGGAUCAGCCCAUGGAAAUGCACAAGCGCAAGGUUGCCGCAUUGAGGUAGGUAAAAGGUCGUUGUUGGAGCUUGAUUUCUAAAAAUUUUCAAACUUAAUCCCCAUUUCUAACCACGUGCCUUACUCUCCUUGUCCACGUUGAGAAAUUUUAGCAUUUCAAGUGUUUCUUCUUCAAAGCAUCACCUAAAACUAUUACUAAUAUUUUCUAUGGUAAAUUUUUUGUCGUAACUAAAUAUACAGUUUACCGAAAAAAUUUCUUACUUACAUUUCUAACAGUUUCUUAUACCUGUUAUUUACACUAACAAACUAACUUCUAACCCCUAACAACGUUUUCAGAUUCGGAUAA